CUUUCGCCAUGUAUUAUGAAUGAAUCAGCUGAAUCCAACUUGACCGACUUGCAGCUCAAGCCCCUUGAAUUCGUGGGAGGAGUAGAGGCCACCUCGACGCUCAAAAGUGCUUCCACUUCGCGCGCCAAAAUCUUCCACGUUACCACCCACAAGUCACAAGCUCCAAGACAGCUGGGGAAGAAACCCCGGAGCAAGGUCGAGGUCUCUGGAAUCUUCGCCACCUUCGCCGGUACCCUUGUUGUCCACGUGACACCGAGUUCGUGGCCCAAAUUGGAGGUGACGUGGCCUCGUGACAGCCGCCCUUUCUGUCUACGUCCUCUUCUCCUCCCCCUCUAUAAAUCUCGCCACCUACAAACGCCUUCGACCCAACUCGACCCAAGAUCUCGAGAUCUCAAAACAGCAUCUUUGAUUCCUCCACUUUCUUUUGUUCUCGCUGCUCUUUUUGCUAUCGUAUACUCCUUCUGUGCUCUUAAAGGCUCGAGGAUGGCCGCUUCAGCGACACUUCACUCCUACAUGGGAGGCCUCAUGCCACGUGUUGGCUCGAGGAGCGGCUCUACGGGCCUUCGUUCCACUUAUUUGCUGCCACGUCAGCAUCCCAUGCGCAUUCGCUGCCAAGCUGAGGAUCAGCGACAGCCGGCUCAGAUCCCUACUUCAAAGCCCAAAGCCAAGGAGAGCACAAAAUUUUCAGACGUACUAGCAUUCAGCGGGCCGGCACCGGAGAGGAUCAAUGGAAGGUUAGCAAUGGUUGGUUUCGUCUCAGCCUUGGCGGUCGAGUUGGUGAGGGGCGACGAUCUUGCAGCGCAGCUAAUGAAUGGUGGGUUGCCAUGGUUUGCGGCCACUGCAGUCCUGUGGUCAGUGGCUUCUCUGGUGCCGCUGUUCAAGGGUGUGAGCGUGCAAUCUAAGUCUGAUGGCCUAAUGACAGCUGAUGCAGAGCUGUGGAAUGGCCGGUUCGCCAUGAUGGGGUUGGUGGCGCUGGCUUUCACUGAAUACUUGAAGGGAGGCCCUCUUGUGUAAAGGACUUCUCAUUGGUUCAUGAUUACUUCUUUGGUAUUAUAUUCAGAAAUGCAAGCAAUAUAUGAAUAUAAGUUAGCAUGGUAGAUUUCAAUUGUUUACACUGGGACAAAAUGAGCUUUUGUAAUGAUUCCUUAUUCCUCUUGAAGUGGUUGGGAUGCCACAAUUGCUGGUUCACUUCAAUGGUUAAGACCACAAGCCUGGGAGGAUUAGUAACAAAUGUUGAUAGGGCUUUGAUACUACUAUAAACUUCCAAAGCAAUUAAAUACUUUUCUUUAAA